CAUUACAGUAGAUAUCUUUCCUGCGGCAAAUUGCCCCAAACGUUCGACCCCUCUCCUCGUACCUAUAUAUAUGUUUCGCUCCUUCAAACGUCUACACCUACCGUAGAGUGAUUCCUUCCCUUUUCUUCCUGCAUCUCUUCUUGAAAAUGGGCAAUUGGAAUCGGAGAUAUGUGCCCAAAAAGAAACACCGAUAUGAUUAUGAAGAUCCGCCGCCUUCUCCUCCGAGGACCCACCAAACUCGAUCACGGCAUUCCGGAUUCAAGCAUGCUGGCGUGCCAUCAUGGGAAAUAGACUACUGCAAUUCAGUACGAGUUCCAUGGCGCAAGAUUUUGGCUUCCAAAAAAUAUAUAUGCUGUUAUCCAAGUGUGGAUGAGUGGGAUGCUUCUGCUGGGGAAGAGGCAUUAAACGAUGCAAAAAAGCGAUAUUGGUCACAUAUCAAUGGUCUUCUCUGUGAUAAUCCUUUGCCUAAUCCAGAUUUGUACAUUGAUGAAAUUGAUUGGAACUCAUAUAUCGAUCCUGAGCUGAUAUCUGAUUUAGAUCGGCAAUUCUUUAAUCCUGAUAAUGUUGACAAAUUUGACAAGUUGGACACUAUAAAAGAAGAGGGUGAUACGGUCCUCGAGUGUGCCAAAGCAAAGGAUGAUAAAGACCAAACUCACGAUGACAACCCAUGGGAAAGAAAUCUAGUAGAAGAUACAGGAAAUUUAAUUGAUAUAAAGCAAGGAUGGAAUCAGUGGGAUGAUUCUAUAAAUUUGAAGAACGUAAACCCAUGGGAGGAGAGCCACAGUCAACUUGAGGUUUCUUUAAAGGGCAAUGCAUGGACAGGUGAGAAUGAGUCGUGGGGUUGGAACCCGGGGCCUAAUGAAACCUGGCCGCCUGCAAAUGUUGAUUGUACAAGUGGCAAUCAUUGGAAUUCUGGUACACAAAUUGUGGAUGCAAGACAAGGUGGGUGGGGACAGAAAGAAAAUAGUUCUUCGUGUUGGAGGAGUGGGAAUACCGGUGGUCAAGAAUUAAGGAGCCCAGUUAAUUGCGAAAAUCCGAGGGAAGGCAGAAUCUUUAAAGGUGGUGGAUAUUCCAGAGAGACGUCUUGGUGUGAAAAUGGGAAUGAAUCCUGGGCUUGGAAGCAGUCGGAAUAUCAAAGUAACAAUACAGAUUAUUGGGAUUCCAGAAGAUUGAGGAGAGGUGGAAGAGCCUUCAAUGGUGGUUAUCGGAAGAGGGAAAGUUCUCCACAGCAUACAAGGUAUAAAAGUUCUAGGUAUGAAGGUGAUUUCUGCAGAAAUAGUCGUCAAUGGUAAAAGAAAAAUAUUUAGAAGAAUGAGGCUAUAGUUGAUUAUAAAUUCCUCGAAAUCUUUUGGCUCAAUGAGAGCUUUAGUGCUUGAAGCUUCUCCCUACUGCAGACUCUUGGAUUCCUGUUUUGACCAUUAUUACUCUGUGGAUUUACCUUUUUCCCCCACCUUGGGUUGUUUCUGAGGUCUUUUGGGUUUUUAAGAAGAAGCAUUGAAGAUUUGAGAGCUUUUUUACUCAACCUGAUUACCUGAACGAUAUUAACUAAGUUGUCUGCAGUCAAGAAUUGGAGUCUGAUUUUGUCUACAUUUUUGUUCACAGUUCGUUCUUUGUGCAGAAAAAGUAUGGUUGGUUUUCUCAUUUUUGUUGUUUAAAAUUUUCUGUUUAUCUCAGUUCAGGUUUUUAAUGUUAUCGUGUGCUGUCUAUAUAAUGAGUUCAAACAUGACAACGAUGGUAUUAUAAAAUCUGAAUGCUAGUUUCUUUUUUAGUA